AGCAGCUAUUAAAACCCUGAGGACCAAGGGGCACUGGUCACAAAAAUCUCUCUAAAUCAGCUGCUGGGGAAAAAAAGCUCUUUUGAAUUAUUAAAAAUUAAGUCCUACUUAUCACAAUGCAUUGCCUGAAAAGUCUGAGGACAGCUAACCCAGGAAUCUUGCAGCUGUUUAAAAAUGCAGGGAUCUCUGCCAGAGUUGGAGCUGACAGCAUUGUCUUGUCCAGGACACAACAACCUGUUCCUCUCCCCUGCUGGGUCGUAGCAUCACCCCACAACCACAGAGCCUUUCAUCACCAGAAGGGGCCUGAUGUGGACCAAGGACACUCCAACACAAGUAGGUUAAUGUCCAGUAUGGAGGACCUACUUUUCUACACCAUCACUGAAGGCAAAGAGAUGAUCCCCCUCUCCCAGUUCAUCUCUGCUUUGAGAAAAACAGGUUUGUUGACGUCUGACCCUCGGCUGCGUGACUGUGUCCAUCAGAUGCGACAAUCCACACGAGACUCUGUCGGGCCUGUCAUGAUGGACAAGAAGUUCUUCAGAAGGUGUGUGGGCAACAACAUCAUGCUGCUCACUAAAGCUUUCAGAAAAAAGUUUAUCAUCCCAAAAUUUGAAGAGUUUACCCAGCAGAUAAAUAAGAUGUAUGACCGUGCACAACAGCAGGAGGCAGGACAGGUAGCUGAUUACAUUCCUCAGCUGGCUAAGUUCAGCUGUGAUCUCUGGGGUGUAUCUCUGUGCACAAUUGACGGACAGAGAUACUCUGUGGGUGACACCAAGGUUCCCUUCUGUCUGCAGUCGUGUGUGAAGCCUCUGGAGUACGCCAUUGCCGUGCACGAGCUUGGCAGCGAGCGUGUUCACCACUUUGUGGGCAAAGAGCCCAGUGGAUUCAAGUUCAACAAACUGUCACUAAAUGAGGAAGAUAAACCACACAACCCGAUGGUGAAUGCUGGAGCUAUCGUCAUCAGUUCUUUAAUUAAGCCUCAUUCAAAUAAAGCCGAGAGGUUCGACUAUGUGAUGGAGUUCUUGAAAAGCAUGGCUGGUACAGAGUUUGUGGGCUUCAGCAAUGCAACUUUUCAGUCAGAGAGGGAGACCGGUGAUCGGAAUUAUGCAAUUGGUUAUUACCUGAAAGAGAAAAGGUGCUUUCCUGACAAUGCAGAUAUGAUUGCGGCCCUUGACUUCUACUUUCAGUUGUGUUCCAUUGAGGUGACCUGUGAGUCAGGAAGCGUCAUGGCUGCCACACUGGCCAAUGGCGGUAUUUGUCCAAUCACGGGCGAGCGUGUGCUGAGCGCUGAAGCAGUUCGUAACACCCUGAGUCUCAUGCAUUCCUGUGGCAUGUACGACUUCUCUGGACAAUUUGCUUUCCAUGUGGGCUUGCCUGCUAAAUCUGGUGUUUCAGGUGCUGUUCUGCUGGUGGUCCCCAACGUCAUGGGUAUGAUGUGUUGGUCCCCACCAUUAGAUCGGCUUGGAAACAGUGUUCGUGGCAUUCACUUCUGUCAGGAGCUGGUGUCAUGCUUCAACUUCCACAAUUACGACAACCUGAGACACUUCACAAAGAAACAUGACCCCAGAAGAAGAUCAGAUGAUGAUCCAAACAAGUCGGUGGUGAACCUAAUGUUUGCAGCAUACAGUGGUGACGUCUCUGCUCUGAGGAGGUUUGCCCUUUCAGCCGUCAACAUGGAGCAGAGAGACUACGACUCGCGCACAGCACUCCACAUCGCUGCAGCCGAAGGUCAUGUGGAAGCUGUAAUCUUCCUGACUGAAAUAUGCAAAGUGAAUCCCCACAUGAAAGACAGAUGGGGGAACACACCCCUAGAUGAUGCCAUGCAGUUUGGCCAUGAUGUUGUUAUUUCAGUCCUGCAAGAUUACCAGCGUGCAACCACUGAGGGCGACUCACCAGGUGACCCAGAGGAACAGAAGGCCACGCUGGAUACGUUGAAGAGCAUUGUUUAAACCACAAAGGAUCAUGAGGGUUUGU